AUGGGCGCAAAGGAGCCCCGCAAUGAAAGUGAGACCAAAUCGGAUAUAGCAAAGGAGAAUGUAUCCGCUGUGGAAUCCGGCACCACAGACGCUCUUGAUCUGGCAGCAGAGAAGAAGUUGAUCAGGAAGAUUGAUCUCCACCUUAUGCCGAUCUUGAUCACCGCUUAUGGUCUUCAGUACCUUGAUAAGACCAGCCUCGCAUACAGUGCCAUCCUCGGAGUUCGAGAAGACCUAAGUCUCGUCGGGCAACAGUAUAGUUGGACAUCCAGCAUUUUUUACAUCGGCUACCUAGUGGCCUCCUAUCCCAUUUCGUUGGGGUUUGUCCGAUUCCCACUUGGCAAAUACCUCAGCGUACUAAUCUUCCUUUGGGGCAUUGUCCUGACACUUCAUGCCGUGACCACUAAUUACGCAAGCCUCAUGGCACUCCGAACACUUCUGGGUAUCUUCGAGAGUGCCAUCAGUCCUGGGUUCUCUCUCAUAACAGGAAUGUGGUAUACCCCCCGCGAGCAUGUUUCGCGACACUCCAUCUGGUUUGCAGGAAACGCGAUUGCCAGUAUCAUUGGCUCCCUCAUUGCGUACGGUCUGCUCAAUUAUGAGGGAAGCAUAUCUCAGUGGAAGCUUCUCUUCCUUCUAUUCGGCCUGAUAACAAUCGCGUGGUCGGUCGUGACAUUCUUCUAUCUGCCUGACUCUCCCCAAACUGCCAAAUUCCUCUCGCCCUCCGAGCGCGAGUUCGCAGCGCUACGUCCGUACAAGUUCCAAAGGACUACCCAGACCAAGUCGUGGGAUCGCGCACAAUUCAUUGAGAGCCUGACGGAUAUCAAGUCCUGGUGGUUCUUCUUUUUCUCGUUUGUCAUUUGCGUGCCAAAUGGAGGUACAACGAGCUUUAGUACUCUGAUCAUCAACGGCUUCGGAUACGAUAAAUUCCAAACUAUUCUCAUGGGACUGCCAGCAUCUGGGUUUCAACUAGUCACGGUCAUCUUAUCAGCCGUUCUCACAUCGGCGAUUCGAAAAUCCCGGCUGGUGACGCUCAUCGGCAUUUUUUUGGUGGCCAUGACCGGCAUCCUCAUGGUGAAGCUCUUGCCUGCCGAUGAGAAGAUUUCCCGCCUUGCUGGUUUCUGGCUUGUCACAGCGGUCGCUCCGGCAUUCCCUUUGAUGCUGUCGUUGGCAGCCAGUAACAUUGCCGGCUUCACCAAAAAGUCGACCGUUAUGGCUUUUAUUUUCUUGGGAUACUGUGCCGGAAAUUUAAGUGGCCCGCAGUUCUUUAUUUCAACGGAAGCUCCCAAUUAUAAAACGGCUUAUACUACAAUUUUGGUCUGCUACGCAAUUACCAUCGGUCUCCUCAUCGGGUUUAGAUUCUAUCUUAUGCGGGAGAACGCUCGCCGGGAUAGGGAGCAGGGAGUGAAGAUUGAUCCUGAAGAAGUUCGUCAUAUCAGGCCAAGUCAGGAUGAGGAUGUGCUUACUGUGGACGAAACAGACAUUCAGAAUCGGAGUUUCAGAUACAUCCUUUAA